AUGGCCAUGGUAGCAGCCCUGCUUGUUCUUGCUGUGCUCACUGCAAGGUCAGCCUAUGCAGUGGAGCACGUGGUUGGGGGUAGCUCAGGAUGGAGCCAGGCAACGGAUUACUCCACUUGGGUAGCCUCACAAACAUUCACUGUUGGUGACACUCUCUGUAAGUUAGUUACACUUAUCAAUGUUCACUUCUUGGCCAAAGCGACUACACUAAAUGCAACGACAGGAAAUACCCUGCAGUCGUACUCUGGCGGCCGAACCACCAUCACCCUAGACAAACCUGGUCCAAUGUAUUCCAUUUGUCCCAGAUUUGGUCACUGCCAAGGAGGCAUGAAACUAGCAAUCAACAUCAUGAUUGCUAUGGGAUCGCCACCAGCCACCCCAUCUCCUCAUAGAACUCCACCCUCAACCCCUUCUAAAUCCCCACCACCAUCGAGUGGCAGUGCAGCUGGCACGGAUGACGAGAACUAUGUGAUCCGUGAUUGUCAGACUUAUGGCAUUGCGUUUAUAAAAUUCACGAAUGAAAUGAUGAUUGUGAGAUAA